AGCUGACUGUCAAUCAUCCGCAUGUCCCACCCACCGCGAGACUGUUUCACUUGUUCUAUCCUGUAAAUAAAUCGAUAUGGAGGAUCAUCUUUCCUUUCGAAAGUACACUUUUAAAUGAACGGAGAACUGCUGAGGGGGGUGACUGCUGAUCUGACGGCGCCCUGAUGGUCUUAUAUGUAAAAGUUAAAACUUUUACAAAUCCAAAACAAAUGUUAAAUGGUUCCCUUGUUACAGCUGACAGUACGACGACGGUGUAAGCCACGUUUCGUCCUCCUGCUUCGCCAUGGCAUCUUUAACAGUGGGAGAAAAUCAGCUCCAGAGGAUAAUCAGAGAUCUGCGUGAAGCGGUUUCUGAGCUGACUAAGGAGCACAUUGAGAGCGGAGAACCCAUCACAGACGACAGCCCCAGUCUCCACAAGUUCUCCUACAAACUGGAAUACUUACUCCAAUUUGACCAGAAAGAGAAAUCCACUUUUUUGGGCAGUAGGAAAGAUUACUGGGACUAUUUCUGUGAUUGCUUGGCCAAGAACAAAGGGACUAACGAUGGCAUUCGAUUUGUCAAGUCGAUCCCAGAGCUUAAGACGUCUCUGGGAAAAGGUCGAGCUUUUAUCCGCUACUGCCUGGUGCACCAGCGACUGGCAGACACUCUUCAGCAAUGUCUGAUGAACCAGAGAGUCACAUGCGACUGGUACUACGCCCGCAGUCCUUUUCUGAAGUCCCACCUCAACGUUGACAUCAUCAAUCACCUGUAUGAGCUGAACGCCAUCCAGUUCGACGUGGCAUCCAGAGGAUACGAUCUAGACUCCGAGUGGCCCACCUUUGCCAGGAGAACUGUGGGUUCAGCAGCGCCAGGUGCCCACGUGUGGAGACCGCCCAGCCGCUGCUCCAGUGUCAAUAGCCUUGUCAGCAACUGCUCGCAGCAAGUGCAGGAAUAUCUCCCAGGCCCAGACUUGGGCAGCAGUUUUCAAGCAGACCUCGGAGAACUAGGAGAACUCACUUGUAGUGCCAUAGAUGACCUGCGUGUUGAACUCGACCAGUCAGAGCUACUCAAACAGCAGCUUCAAGAGCAGGUUCAUCUGCUUACCGAUGAAGCAGCAGAUUUAAAGCAGGAGGUUGCUGAUCUUCAAGUCAAGCUACUUGCUGCCGAGAGCGCCAAUCAUAAGCCGUGUAAGGAGGGAGCAGAGAAGGUUACAAAGGAUUCGUACCAGCAAGAGGCUGACGAGAAGAAGCACAGUACCGGGGAUUUGGCAAAGCAGGUUGAAAGAUUGUCGCAAGAACUCAAAGCUGAGGGGGAAAAGUUGAAAGAGAGUGAAGCGGCACUUGCCAAGCUUCGCACCUCCAGCGAAGAGGAAAGAACUGUUUCAAUUCAACAAGUUGUUGAGCUCCAAGCGACUGUAAGUCACCUCAAGGAAGCACUGACUGGGAAAGAACUAGAGGUAAAGAAUUUGCAUACACAGCUACAGGACAUAGAAAGCGCACUACAGGAAAGAGUCCAACAGCUAGAGGAGGUGAAAAAGAAAGCAAAACGUGAGCAUGAGGAGCUUCAACAAAAGAGCAGUAACCUAAAGGGAACACUAGAAAAACAGAUUGUAUCACUGCAGGAACAGCUGAAAGAAAAGGAAAUUAAUCUCUCAAUUAGCACGCAGAAGAUCCAGCAGUUAGAAAAGCAGAGCCUGGAAAGUCAGAGCAAAAAGCUGGAGGAGUACAAAACCCAGUGUAUCAGCUUAAUGGAGAUCAAUGCAAAGUUGGUCAGUACAGUAAAGAGGAACGAGGAAAGCUACAAGGAUCUGGCUGAGACCAAAGCUGCUCUGGAGAGAGAACUGACCUCUCAUAAAGCCUCUGAGAAGCAGAAAUCCCAGAUGACAACUGAGAACAGUAUGAAGGAGAGACACGGAGAGCUGGAUAAUGGACCAACCUCCGGGAAAGAUCUCCACCUAACCCAACACACUGAAACUGCAGAAGCGGCUUCUAGACUGGCUCUAGCCGAAGCCCAAUUAGCUUUAAACAUGAAGGAGGUCUCGAGGCUCCAGGAGGAAGUUGUAGAUCUUCGAGUUCAGCUCCAAGUGGCAUCAGAGGAGAGGAUGAGGAUCCAGGCUUUGCAGGAGGUGACCGAGGCCUCCAAGGCAGACCUUUGUGCUCAGACUGAGCAGCUCAAAUCCCAGGUGGAGGACCUGAAUCGCAGCCAUGUAGAUGAGCUCCUGCAUUGUCGCGAGAAGAAGGAGGCACUGGAGAAGAAGUGGAAUACUGAGGCUCAGAUUCGAGCCAGCCUACAGACCGAGUUGGAUUCUAUGAAGGAGGAGCUUGAUGUGCUGAAGAAACAGAGCAAUGCCCUGGCCUUGGAGAAUGAAGAGGCUAGAGAGGCUCUUCACCGAGCCAACACUGAGACCGCAGAGCUGGGCGUCCAAGUGUGUAUGCUGACUGGACAGUAUGAAGAGGCUAAGUUGCGCUGUGAGGAACUCUCAGCCAAACUGCAGGAGAUGCUGGUGGCACAAAAUCACACACAGAACCUCAGUGACUCUGUGGAGACCCUGAAAAAAGACAACGUUCACCUCAAAGAGCGGCUGAAACAAGCAGAGGGUCUCCCGAAAGCCAUGAAGGAACUCCAGCAGAGGCUUGAUGGGGCGAAGGAGGAGGCCAGGAGCUUACGGAAAAGCAACCAGAAAGAUCUCAAUGCUCUUCAGCUUCAGCUGAGCGAGGCAGCCACCAAUUACCAAAACCAUAUGAAGGCUUUGAAUGAGGAGCUGCUGGGCACAAGGUCUCAGAUGGAAGCAGAACAGGAAAAAGUGUCAACCCUGGAGACCAGACUGGCGGAGCUUGAGGCCAAUAACAGCAGCCUCAGUGCGAUGCUCGAGGAGAAAAAUGCCUGCAUUGCCAAAUGUGACCUCUCGCUUCAGCAGAAAGAGGAACAGCUCAAACAGAUUCAAAGCGAUUUGGCAAAGGCUCAGGAGGAAAUAACUCUUACUCAGAAAGCAUGUCAGGGCUUGAGCGAGAACCUGCACAGGGCCGUGCUGGAGAAGGAGAACUGCGAUCUGAAGUCGUCUGCAGAGAUAGACGACCUUUAUCGCACAAAAAGAAACCUGGAGGAAAGACUUAUCGAGCUCAUACGGGAGAAAGACAAACUGUGGCAGAAAUCAGACGCUCUGGAGUUUGAGCAGAAGCUGAGAGCCGAGGAGCAGUUGGACCGAGAGCUUCCUCAUUGCUCCGAGUGUCACACGCAGUUCAGCUGGUGGCUGCGCAGACACAACUGCAAGCUGUGUGGUCGGCCUUUUUGCUACUACUGCUGCAGUCACACAGUCAGCAGCCAGCAGGGCGGCCUCAGAGAGCGCUGCUGUAAGAACUGUUACACGCGGCACGGUGCAGAAGAGUGCGGUCCUCAGGAGGAACUCGGAAGUCCGUCUCAUGCGUCAUACAGCCCACUGUGCUCGACUCCCACCAGAGCUUCCAUGCCCAGUGUCACAGUGGCACCGCAGUCCCCAAGGCUAGAUGACGCAGCGUACGAUAUCAUAACAGACGAGGAGGUGAACUGCAUUUACGACAACGACACACUGCCCUACACCACAGCUCUGUCUCCAGGAAGUGUACAGCAAGGAACACAUGAGAUUAGCAGCAGUACGAGCGGCGGUGACUUCACCCCAGACGAGUCGGAGGAUCUGCCAAGCUUGGUGCAGGACUCAGAGAUCUGCCUGCUCAAGUCGGGAGAAAUCACGCAGUCCGUGCCGUUUGGUGUAGAGGAGAUCUCCAACUUCGGGCAGGAGUUCAGAGAACUCUUCAUAAAGUCCAGCUGCUACAGUCUCAUCCCCAUCACCGUGGAUACCGCUGGACCCACCAUAAGAUGGGAGUUUACCUCUAUGCCAAAGAGCAUCUCCUUUAGUGUGGUGUACAGAGAGGGAACAGACACCCCAGUGGAGCAGGCCAAGGUUCUGAUCGCUUUAACCAGGUGUAAUUCUCACAAGAAGGAAAUCGAAGGCCAGGUGAAAGCUCGCAACCCCGGCGAAUAUGCACUUAUCUUCGACAACUCCUUCUCCAGGUUCAUCUCCAAAAAAGUGCUGUACAAACUGAGCACGGAGCAAACGGGAGUCUCCGAUAGCACAGAGUGAGCCGUAAAACAGGGAAGCACACGUCAUACACACAUCUGUCCGUCUGGGUGAAGAGAAUCCUCGAAAGGUUAUCGAGCCUUUUGUGUUUUCCGGACAGUUUUAAUUUCUCCGUUUAAAAAAAAAAAAAUGAAGGCCAAACUCUUACAAGAACACAGCACACUAACGAUCGAUUGGAGCCAAUCAGCUUUACAGGGUAUUAUGCUAAUUUAACUUGCACGUAUAUAUUGUUAGUACAGAAAGCAUUUCUAUAGACAAAAGGUCUAUUAAAGCAGAAGGUGUUCACGGUAGGCAGAGUGUGAGACCGAGCUGGAGAUAAUAAGCUGGAUGCACUAUAAAUCAUGCUGAGCUUUAAAUCUCUACAGGAAUGUCUGCGAUUAGAAAACGGAAUCUAUUUUUCUGUCCUUUACGAUCAACACACAGACCGUAUAAUAAGUGUAUAGCGGGAGAAUUAUGAAAAAGAAACAAAAAGAGCUUUACGGAGGUUUUUAAUUCAUCCCGUAAAAACAAAAA